GUUACGGAUGUACUCUCAAGUUGGGCUUGCGAGACGCGCGCCUUUGUCUCGAGUCACUGCCCAGGCUGUGCACCAAUGGCCUCGUAACGUGUCAAGCACAUAUUCAAGGUCAAUAUCAUCGAGCAGCAGCAUCCAACGUCUUUCUCGCUUCUGGAUCCCUACUGUCGGCGCUGAAAGAUCUAGAGAUGCCAAAGAUGAAUCUCAUGAGUUGCUCGUCAGAGCAGGCUAUGUGCGACAAGCCCAUGCUGGUAUUUUCCACAUGCUGCCACUUGGCAAUCGCGUGCAACAAAAGCUCGAAGCCCUGAUUGACAAGCACAUGGACAGUAUAGUAUCUUUGUCUACCAUCUCCUCAGAAGAGCUUUGGAAAAAGACUGGCAGAUUUGUAGGCCAUGGCGGCGAAGUAANNUUGUUCGGGUUCCAUGACAGAAAAGAUGCAAAAUUCUUGCUAUCUCCAACCCAUGAGGAAGAAAUCACUUCUCUGGUCGCAAGCACUGUUCAAUCUUACAAGGAUCUUCCGCUCCGUCUAUACCAGAUCGGACGCAAGUUCAGAGACGAAGCACGUCCGCGACAAGGUCUUCUACGUGGUCGAGAAUUUACCAUGAAAGAUCUCUACACCUUCGACAUCACAGAACAACAAGCACGACAGACCUACGAGGAAGUGCGACAAGCAUAUAGAGCUUUCCUCGAUGAGCUCAAACUGCCCUAUCUGGUUGCUGAGGCGGACUCUGGCAACAUCGGUGGCACUUUGAGUCACGAGUACCAUUUUGUAUCUGCCAAAGGCGAGGACAAUGUCAUCAGCUGUGGCUCAUGUGGCCACACCAUCAACGAUGAACUCGCUAUUACUUCGAUCGACCAACCAGAUCAAGUACCUAUCGAACACAAGAAGGAUCUUUCCCGCUGGGUUGGCAUCACCAAAGACCGAAACAGCCUGGUCGUGGCCUGGUUCCCAACCACGACACAACAACCCUCUGCCAACGACAACGUCAAGAACGAGAUCAAUCCUAACGUCAUCAAAGCCCUCGUCCCAGACAUCGAUCUCUCGGUAGAGAAUCCGCUGGAGAUCUGGGACAAAACAAAUCCACGUCAAGAAACAGGCUCCCGUCCCUCUUCAGCCCAGGUUAUCGAAAUAAACGACGAACGCCUUCCUCUCGCCAACCUGACUUGUACAGAAAUCCAAGACAGACUUCAACCACGCGAGCUCCUUCUCCGUUCUGGUAAACUCAACAGCGUGCAAUUCCAACUACGUCCAAGAAAGAACGGAAAAUCUAUGCAACUGACCCGUACCCUGACCGGAGACCCCUGUCAAAAGUGUGGCACAGGAAAAGUCACAGUCAACCGCGCGAUAGAAGUGGGCCAUACAUUCCACCUCGGCACGCGAUACUCAUUGCCCCUCUCGGCAACAUUCGUCGACAGCAACGACGUGCGCAAGACCAUCGAGAUGGGCUGCCACGGUAUCGGUGUCUCGCGACUGGUGGGCGCUAUCGCGAGUAUGCUGUCUGAUGCCAAAGGAUUGAAUUGGCCUGCUGUUAUCGCGCCUUUCUCUGCUGUUGUUAUACCCGCAAAUGGUAACGAAGAUGCUGCUGAGGAUGUGACGAAGAAGCUUCAGUCCCGUGGGUUUGAUGCUGUGCUGGAUGAUCGGAAGAAGCCAAUGGGCUGGAAGUUGAACGAUGCAGAUUUGGUGGGUUAUCCGCUUAUCGUUGUGUUGGGCAGGGCGUGGAAGGCGGAGGGCAAGGUCGAGGUACAGUGUAGACGGUUGGGUAUCAAGGAGGAGGUACAGUGUGGUGGCGGUGUCUCGAGUGCUCUGGAACAAAGACUUUCAAAUCUGCUGAUACAGCUG